AUGUCGCAACUUAAGAUCGCUUCGGUUCAGUUCGAGAACUGGUCCGGAAGCAAGGAUAAAAACCUAGCCAUCAUCCACCGAAUGGCAAGCGAUGCGGCAAAUCGCGGAUGCAAAGUUGUUGCAUUUCAUGAAUGCUCGGUUACCGGCUAUACCUUCGCUAGCCGCCUCUCCAAAGAAGAACUCCUUGAUCUUGCCGAAGAGGUCCCUACUGGUCCAAGCACUGGCUCUCUGGUUCAAAUAGCCCGUGACCUCGGUAUUGCUAUCCUGGCUGGCCUCUUCGAGAAAGAUGAAAAUGGCCGCAUUUACAAUACUUACAUCUGCGUCGACAGCACCAGAGGCUUUGUGGCAAAGUUUCGCAAGCUUCACCCCUUCAUCAGCCCUUAUCUGAGUGCGGGCAAUGAAUAUGUGGUUUUUGACCUUCUUGGUUGGAAAUGUGGUAUUCUGAUAUGCUACGAUAACAACGUUGUCGAAAACGUUCGGGCUACAGCUCUUCUCGGCGCAGAGAUCAUUUUCAUGCCGCAUGUAACGAUGUGCACUCCGUCAACUCGCCCAGGCGCCGGCUUUGUUGAUCCGUUGCUUUGGACUAAUCGAGAUCAAGACCCGACUUCUCUGCGGGCAGAGUUCAACGGUCUGAAAGGCAGGCAGUGGCUGAUGAAAUGGCUACCAGCAAGAGCCUAUGACAAUGCAGUCUACGUCGUGUUCUCAAAUCCUAUUGGUAUGGAUGAUGAUCAGUUGAAGAACGGGUGCUCCAUGAUUCUUGAUCCAUUCGGGGAUAUCUUGAGUGAGUGCUCUGUGCUGGGAGAGGACAUGGCUGUUGCGACUUGCAGCAAAGACAAGCUUCAAUUGGCAGGCGGGUUCCGGUAUAGACAAGCCAGAAGACCCGAGCUAUACCGAAAUAUCAUUGCUUCAGAUCACAACUCUUCUCUGAAUGUUUCCUGGUUGGGCAAGUAG